AUGGAACGACCCAUGAGCGGAAGCGUACAGGACGUGGAGCUCCCUGGCAACGAUCAUGUGUACUUGGAUGGCGAUCGAUCAAGGUCGGGCCGUUCAGACAGUCCGGUAGCCGGCGAGAACUUUUCUGGCCGACCUGAUGAUCGUGGACGACCGCGGAGCAAGAAGACUGACCGACGCCAGCCAGUGGCGGUCGACGAGGCGUGGCUGUUUGGCGGACUAUCGAGUUUUAAGCCUCCUUCAUUUGGCGGGCCAUCUGGGGCAGUUCCCAGUAUGAUUGCCCUUGUAACUGAAGACUGGGACAUAGGUCAAGACGAUGUAUACAUUCGUAACGCACCGGCCCUCCUAAAUAACCCGUUCAAGGGUUCUACGAAGGAAGAACGGCGAGCAUUCAUGGCGUCGUACAACCAGUACAUCAGCCAGAUGAAUGUCAUUACCGUCAACGGCAUUCGACCAUUUCUGAUGCCGUUGAGUGCGUGCAUUGACCCGGCGACUAAACAACGCGUGGCUGAGUGGGACAUGGGGAACUUCCCGGAAUAG